AUGGGACUCUUGUCAGAAGGGAGGCCGCUCUCUUGGCCAGAGACAAAGAAGAAUGCACACAUAGUUCACAAGGUUGGGAUUCAACAGUUCCUGUCGCUCUAUCACAAGCAUAAAGACAGGAAGGACACUCUCAAAUGGGGAGAUGAGGUGGAGUACACGCUCCUAAAGUUUGAUGACAAGACUGAGAGGGUUCAGUUGAGCUUAAUGGGCCCCCAUAUUUUAAACACUCUACAAGUGCCAGAAAACAGUGACCCUGUUCACCACCAGAGCAAAUGGAGGCCAGAGUAUGCCAGCUUCAUGAUCGAAGGUACUCCUGGUGCCACUCCAUAUGGCGGUUGCUACCUUCACUUUAACAUAGUGGAAUCAAAUUUGAAACUAAGACGUCAGCAGCUGGCUGAGAUGCUUGAGGGCACAGGCACUGAAGCAAUGAGCCUGACCGGCUUUGCUCGUUUUGGCUGUCCAGGGUUCACGACCCCUGAGCAUGACCCUAAAGAGGACAACGCUGCCUCUCUCUCUUUAUUCUUUCCUGACAGUGCCAUUUGGUCAGGGCAUCCAAGAUACAGAACUCUAACACGAAACAUCCGAGAGAGGAGGGGUGACAAUCCUGCCAUCAAUGUUCCAGUGUUCAAGGACAAGCACACCCCCUCUCCAUUUGUAGAGGAGUUCCCCACUGAUGUCAGGGGCACUGCUGCCAGGGGAGCCCUGCCGGAUCAUAUCUACAUGGAUUGUAUGGGUUUUGGAAUGGGGUUGUCAUGUUUACAGGUCACAUUCCAAGCCUGUGAUGUUGAUGAAGGCAGACACCUCUACGAUCAAUUGUCAGUCAUCUGUCCAAUUCUAGCCUCCCUGGCAGCUUCGUCUUGUAUCUAUCGUGGGAUGCUGUCAGACUUGGAUAGUCGCAUGAAUAUCAUCGAGGCAUCUGUAGAUGACAGGACAGAAGAGGAGAGAGGAUUAAAGCCAUUGAAGGAAGACCGUUAUGUAAUUCCCAAAUCACGCUACUCUUCCAUCGACUGUUAUCUAGCCAACAAAGACUACAACGAUAAAGAAGUUGUCUACAACAAGGAGGCCUUUGAAACACUCAAAAAAGGCGGUGUGGAUGAUUUGCUUGCACAGCACAUUGCUCAUUUGUUCGUAAGAGAUCCUAUCUCCUUAUUUGCUGAGAAGCUCAAGCAAAGCUCUGACAGUGAGACGGAUCACUUUGAGAACAUUCAGUCGACCAACUGGCAGUCAAUGAGAUUCAAGCCUCCCCCGUCCCACGACUCUCCCAUCGGAUGGAGGGUGGAGUUCAGACCACUCGAUCUCUCCCUGACUGACAUUGAGAAUGCGGCAUUCGUUGUGUUUGUGGUUCUUGUGUCAAGAGCCAUUCUCUCGUUCCAACUCAACUUCUAUAUCCCAAUGUCCAAGGCUGAGGAGAACAUGCGGCGAUCUCAGCUCAGAGAUGCUGUCAACUCUCAAAAGUUCUACUUCCGUAAGAGUGUGGUCCCAGAAGACGAGGAAGAGGCCAAAGACCACCCUCCACAGUCACAUGAUCAUGAGUACACUGAGAUGAGCAUUAACACUAUCAUCAAUGGAAAGGAUGAAUUUCCCGGGCUCAUUCCCCUGGUGAGAAUGUACGUCAACAGUGUGGAGAUGGAUGUGGACACUCGCUGCACUGUGCUCAACUACCUCAGAUUCAUAUCAAAGAAAGCAUCAGGAGAGCUGAUGACGACAGCUAGCUGGACCCGCAAGUUUGUCUCCUCCCACCCCGACUACAAGCAAGACUCUGUGGUUAGUGAGAAGAUCACGUAUGAUCUGUACAAGGAGAUGAAGAUGAUCUCUAAUGGAGAGAAGCCAUGUCCGGAGGUCACUGGGAACCUAGUCUCCAAAUCUCCUGACAAGUACAAAGUACUGGACUGUCCUCCUCCCAAAGCAGAAAAAUGAUUCAAUUUCCGUUAGCAAAACUUUUUUUAAGUACUGGACCGAAGCAGUAAACAUUAAUACAUACAUGUAAUUGAUGUUACUAUUAGCAAAGAAAGACUUGUCAUGAUAAUAGCUACUGUGUUCUGUUUAUUGUAAGUCCUUUCUCGUCUUCCAGAAUAGUCUCACAUCUGA